UCACAGAAACUCGAAGUGCUGAGCUAGGGGCUUUUUUGACGUGUUUUUUGUUUUAGUUUGUUUGACAGUUGCCAGACCAUGUUUAAACUUCUGAUUCUACUCAGCCACCUGUCCAUAGUUACCUUCGGAUUUCCUCAUUGCACAAGAAGUCCAGCGGAUUCCGGGCAUGCGAAAGAAGAAGUCUUCACAUCCAAAGAAGAAGCCAACUUUUUCAUACAUCGACGCCUCCUAUAUAAUAGAUUUGAUUUGGAACUCUUCACUCCCGGUGACCUAGAAAGAGAGUGCAAUGAAGAGCUUUGUAAUUAUGAGGAAGCUAGAGAGAUUUUUGUGGAUGAAGACAAAACGAUGACAUUUUGGCAGGAAUAUUCAGUUAAAGGACCAACAACAAAAUCAAAUGAUAACAGACAGAAAAUCGAUGUUAUGGGCCUUUUGACUGGAUUAAUUGCUGCUGGAGUAUUUUUGGUUAUCUUUGGAUUACUUGGUUACUAUCUUUGUAUCACAAGGUGUAAUAGACAACGACAUCCAAGUUCUUCAGCCGUCUAUGAAAGAAGAGGCAGGCACACUCCCUCCAUCAUUUUCAGAAGACCUGAGGAAGCUGUCUUGUCUCCAUCGCCACCUUCUGCGGAGGACACAGGAUUACCUUCUUAUGAACAGGCAGUGGCCCUGACCAGAAAACACACUGUCUCGCCGCCACCACCAUAUCCUGGACCAGCAAAAGGGUUUAGGGUAUUUAAGAAAUCAAUGUCACUCCCAUCUCACUAAGCCCAUCUUGCCAUCUUGGUGGUAGAGGAAAUUUGUUACUCGAAUGGUUCGUUCUCCUGGAAUCAAAAAAGACAUGUUAAUCCAGCCCUUUAAAACAAACUGCAGGGAGCAAAAGAGGAACAAGCAUGUGUGCUGCACCACAGAAGUUCUGUCUGCAUCUUGGACCUGAACUUGAUCAUUACCAGCUUGAUGGGAAACUUCAACUCCAUUGCCUUGCAGUUAAGAACAAAGCACCUUUUUGUAAUGUUUGUUUCAGUGGUUCAAAAAAAAUCUGUUUUAUCGAUGGCAUAGUUAGAACUGGUAAACAGAUUGUAUCCUUUUGUACAGAUAAAGGUUGUAGAUUUCUUGUGUUGAAUAUGAAAAAAAUGUAAGAAUUUUUCAUCAUUAGAUUAUCCCUAGAGAUGAUAUUAGACUCAGUCUUUAUUAGGAUUUGUUUUUGGUUGGAAAUACUUCACAGAAUUUGAUGUUUCAAUAUAAAUUGGUGACCUUAAUAUAAUCAUUUGGUUUUGUAUUUUAAAUUAUGGCAUAGCAUUUACCAUACUUUGCAGGUUUUAGUUGUUAACUCUUGCUAUCAGUCAUAUUUCAUUAUGGGGAAAUGGGGUUAGUAGUUUUAUUUUAAAAAAAAAAAAUGCUACUACUUGAUAUGGAGUUAGUUCUUCAGAGGGUACAGGGUUGCAAUGGCAAGGAUUUGCAAGGAGUGCUACACUAGCAAAUAAAUAAAUGAGCCUCAAAUCUAAGAGUGACUAGAACUUGAUAUAGUUGCCCAUAGUCACUCAUCUUUUAGAGCUAAAUUAUCUGUAUAUAACUACAUGUAAUUAUCUUUAAAAUUAUUUGAACUCUGUACAUAAUACUUUGAGAAUCUGGAAAAAAUAAUUUUAUUUUCUGCUACUAAAAUAAUACUGAUUAAAUUUACCAUCAACUUCUCGCAUCUGUUAAUAUAUCUGAACACAAAAGAAAAACAUCCUAGAUAAUCAUUUCAACCCACACUUUGUUCUUUAAACCUUAUAUAUGACCAGUCUCUCCUUAAGAAUAUAAUAGAAUAUAAGCUAUAAACUUCUGAAGUGAGUGUGUGCACCAAGUUAUGUUGGUAGGUGUAUAUGUGUGUGUAUGUGUAUAUAUAAAUUUGUUUCCACUUUGAAGGAAGACAAGAAAGAACAUGCUUUUGAGAAAUAGGAUAGAAAAUUCUGUUCUUGAUGUUUUGGCCAGGUAUUGUAUUUUCCUGUUAUUUAAGAUCAUUGAUAAAACUUUAUUUUGUUUUAUAAUUUUUUACAGGGGUGAGACUGCAACCCACAUGGAUUUGAUUAUUCCUUCCAAAUUAAGUGUUUAGGAAGUAUAAAUCAUAUUACAAUGCAUGUGUGAUAUGCUUAAGACAGCACAGUCUUAAGGCAGAUAAAAGUAAGAUCUUAAUCAUUAGAGACGACCAAAGAUUAUCAGACUCUCUGUAGUUGCUUAUCGCAAGUAAGUCAUCUAGCAACAUGUAGAUUUAAUUAGGAAAAGUGGUUUGUUUAAAGCCACCCACAGUACCUAUAAAAAUUCUGCUAUUAAACCUUCCUUGACUUUACAUAGGCACUUUUUCUCAUGUAACUUUGCACUUGGCACUUACUUUAAUCCUCCCUAAAAGGUCAGAGGCAAACUCCACCUUGCUCACGUUGUAAUAAUCAGAUUAAGACAUGGAAUGAUAACUUGCCUACAAUCUACCAGGUUGGUGAGAACUGGGUUUAGAAUGAGCGAGCACACUUUUUUCCAGUUCCAUCUCAUGCCUAUAGAAUGAUGCUGUCUGAAAUUAUGAAAUCUGGGGAUGUUAUCACUUAAUUCUAACUUUGUGAGGGAAAUUUAUAAACAUUUGUCAUAUCCAUAUCUAUAUCUAUUUCUGAAGGCUAACAGAAAUAUAAGACGUUGAUAAUCUUUUACAGAAUCAUAAUUUGAAAAAUCCCCUGAACUCAUUUAUCCCCAUUAACUCCCAAAGGCCUAAUUGUGAAGCUAGCUUCGGAACCUGUGACACAAACCCCCUCACAGCAGCCUAAAUGUGUCAUCUGCCAUCAUUUAGUGUAACACUGUUGCUCUAGCUUGAAUGAAUCUAGAAUUCAUUCUGAAGAUUGUAGAAUCACUGGUAUUUAUAGAGCAUCCAAUGUCAAGUUCAUGAUACACCAAGUAUAAAAGAGAAAAUGUGAUAUAACCAUAAUUGACAAAUGCUUAUAUUGAUUAAAAGGAAAAUGUCACAAUCUAAAAUCAUCGUUAUAUAUUUCUAUCUCAUUUUUUUUCUCUUCCUGUUGUGCUUUUGGUGGAUUUUUGGUUUCAUAGUACUUUUGGUGGGUUUUUGGUUUUGUUUGAUCUGGUUUGUUUGUGCUUCUUACCCAGGCAAUUGAUUAGUGUUAACCAUUAAAUCUAUUUUGACACAAGGUUUGCUAUAUAUUUAGAUUAGUUUUCACUUCUAAUAAAAUCAGAAAAUGAAUGGAAUAUGGGUAUCAAAAGGAGACUGGACAUUUAUAAGUUAUAGCUUCAGGAGGAUAGAUAAUUAUACAUGGAAUAUUCUCUUUUCAAAAAGAAAAAAAAAAUCAUAAAGAUAACACAGACUCUGUGACUGUGGCAAGUAUUUGAGUAUCUCAAUAAUUGCCCUCCGAGUGAAUACAUAGGGGUGUAGCCUCUCAGAUCAAUUACAAACUCUAGAACAACGGUGUCCUCCAUGCCUUAAGUUUCCUGUUUGCUUCUAAAAUUCUAAUCAUUUUUUUCUAUUUCUCAGAAAAUUUAUGUGUGUGUAUACUUUUCCUAUAUGUACAAGAGAAUUUUUUAAUGCUAAAAGAUUUGCUAGUUCCAGUAAGUGUGGAUUCUCUAAGAAUUUGAAAUUCUGUUCCACAAUCUUUUCCCCUUUUGAUCAGGAUUCAUCUAUUGAUUCCUUGAUCAGAACGUUCAGGAAUGGUAGUCGGGCACCUGGUCUCAUGGCUAAGGAGGCAGUAGUUCAUGGAGACAGUUAGACCUGCAGUCCAGUCCCUUCUCCAUUUCUUGGGUCUCCUUCCUCUGCUGCUCCAGGCAAAUAGAGACCAAUUGUACCUUGAAUGCCACUGGCAAGCUUUUAAGACCCCAGACACUACUUACCAAAUUAGGGAGUGGAACAGUAGUUCUAAAAACAGUAUUAGGACCUAUUGAGACUGGAGGAACCCCCAAAUCUAUCAUUCUGAGAAGAGCUUCAAGCCAUGAACUGAGAUUAUCCCCUGAAGUUGUCCUUAAACUAAAUAACUGUUUAGCUAAAUUAGUAAUGAAUAUUUGACAUGAACAUUGCUCUCUUUUAGACAAUUGUCUGUAUGCAAUCAAAUUGUCAACAGUAACUCUAAAGCAUAGAUAAGAAGGUUAGCAGGUAGUGAGUCUAAGCCAAUGGUGGUGAAACAGUAUGGGUAGAGCUAGUGAGAAUGGUGACACAGCGUGAAGAAUAUAACCAGUGUUAUUGAAUUGUACAUGUAGAAAACUGAUGAAUGGAUGUGUGUUUUGCUGUGUAUAUUUCCACCAAAAUUAAAUAAAUAAAAGAUUUUCCAAUACUUAACAAAAAUUCAGUUUCCUAUGCAUACUGUUUUUGUUUUAAUCAGGUGUGAGUUACAAAUUUUAUUAGUUAUUUGUUUGAUUUGAAAUGUUGUAUAUGACAUUUAUGCUAUUUAAGGAAUGUCUAGCAUUUCUCUAAUUUUUUAAAAUUCAGAUUCUUUCAUACAUUCUGCCUGUGUGGUCAUUUUGGAACAUGUGUGACAUGUAUUGAUACCUUCAAUCUUCUCUAUUGUGUAUUUCCUCCAACAGUUUUUUUUGUUGCUUAAAAUAUUUCUCUAACAGUUUUAACAGUGUAAGGUAAUCCAGUACGAAUAUAUCAAUAUUUUCACUAUCUGAAAAAAGCAAUGCAUUUUUUAAUGCAUACUUUUCCUAAAGCGUUGAUUGUGUUUUCAUUUCAAUGAAUUUCCUUUUACAUACACUUUUAUAUAUAUGUAAAUAAACUUUAAGGGCAUUUUAUACUAAGUAAAUAUUGCUUGUUGUUUCAUUUAAGCAUUCUCCUUCCUUAAAUACUGGCAUGCAAUGAUUCAUUUAUCUGAAUUAAAUCUGAACGACACAUUGCAUAUCUUCAAAACAAUGUUUACAGUAUGGUGUUGCUGAAUAUAUCUUUCACCUAGU